CUUAGCUGUCAAAUUUCAGUAUUUUGAUGAUGUUUACGAAUUGUUAUCAAAUUAAUCACGAUAAAAUAAAGCUUACUAAAGAUCUCUAGAUAUUUGUCACGUUGGAUGACGUGUAGUAGUAGAGUUAAAGUUUUCCUACCUAUAAAAGUCGUUCAGUGCUUCUUCUCUUAGGGAACUAGAAGAAAAUUUCUCACUUUGAAAAUCAAACGUAAAUAUAUCUUCUAAACAUGAGAGCCCUGAUUUUAGUUGGUGGAUAUGGAACAAGGCUCAGGCCCUUGACACUAAGCAGACCUAAACCACUGGUAGAAUUUGCAAACAAACCAAUAUUAUUACAUCAGAUUGAGGCUCUAGUAGAGGCAGGGGUUACUGAAGUCAUUUUGGCCGUUUCAUAUAGAGCUGAGCAAAUGGAACAAGAACUGACAGUGGAAGCAACUAAACUUGGAAUAAAUAUAAUAUUUUCUCACGAGACUGAGCCUCUUGGAACUGCUGGUCCUAUAGCACUAGCGAAAAAAUAUUUAGAAACCAGCGAUAAACCAUUUUUCGUACUGAAUUCUGAUAUAAUAUGCGAUUUUCCGUUCAAAGAGUUGGCCAAAUUUCAUGAAGCCAAAGGAAAAGAGGGUACUAUUGUGGUGACGAAAGUUGAAGAACCAUCCAAAUAUGGUGUAGUUGUUUAUGAUGAUGAUAACUGUGUAGAAAGCUUUGUUGAGAAACCACAAGAGUUUAUCUCCAAUAAAAUAAAUGCUGGUCUGUACAUUUUGAACCCAGAUGUUCUGAAAAGAAUAGAAUUGAGGCCUACAUCUAUCGAAAAGGAAGUGUUCCCAGGUAUGGCCAAAGAAAAGCAGCUUUGUGCAUAUGAAUUAGAAGGAUUCUGGAUGGAUGUUGGUCAACCCAAAGACUUUCUCACAGGAAUGUGUCUCUAUUUGAAAUUUUUGAGAACAAAACACCCAAGUCGUUUGUAUAAAGCACCAGGAGUUGUUGGUAAUGUAUUAGUUGAUCCGACAGCAAAAAUUGGUAAGAAUUGUCAAAUUGGACCAAAUGUUACUGUAGGACCAGGAGUUAUCAUUGAAGAUGGUGUUUGCGUGAAACGAAGUACUAUAUUGAGAGAUGUCAAGAUAAGGUCGAACUCUUGGUUGGAAAGUUGCAUAGUGGGAUGGAGAUGCUCAGUUGGACGUUGGGUGAGGAUGGAAGGUAUCACAGUUCUUGGUGAAGAUGUCAUAGUUACUGAUGAAACAUACAUAAAUGGAGGACAAGUACUACCGCACAAAAAUAUUGUCAGUUCUGUUCCCGAUCCACAAAUAAUUAUGUAAUUUUCUAACUAUUUACAUUAAUUUAAUUUAUAAUUGAAAUUGGAGGAAAACUAGGAGAUAGGAAAAGAGAAUUUAUGGAAGUUUAUUAAAAAUUUAAUUUGACAUUCCCAAUGGUUCAUAAACUCUUAUGAAAUAUUUUUUAAUAAUUUGAUAAAAGGUAUUGAAAACAUGUAUUUAUAGUGUUUUUUACUGAAAAUCCUCAGAUGUGUGCAAUGAAUAAUAAAGAGUUUAAGUUUUUAA